GUGUGUGUCGCUCUCUGCUCUCUCAGUUGGCUGAAUGUUGGCUGUUUGUCCUGCGGACUCUGACUGAAGGAUCAUGUUCCCCACGAGCUGCAGGACUCUUCUGGUCUUCUUCUUCUUCCUCUGGUCCCCUUCAGGGUUACCUGAUAUGAAGGACUGAAGUUUGAGGACGCAGUGCUCCCUGCUGGACUCUUGCCACACCUGCAGGCCAUGGCUGAGCCCAGCUACUCCGACCUGAUCGCCAAACACUACAACUACACAGGCAAGUUCCGUAAAACGGAGCAGGACUCGGGUCUGAAGGCUGACUCGGUGGUCUUCAUCAUUGUGUGCUGCUUCAUCAUCCUGGAGAACAUCCUGGUCCUGGCCACCAUCUGGAGGACCAAGAAGUUCCACAAGCCCAUGUACUAUUUUAUUGGGAACUUGGCGCUGUCCGACCUGCUGGCUGGCGUCGUCUACACCGCCAACAUUCUGCUGUCAGGUGCCAACACCUACAAGCUGACCCCCACGCAGUGGUUCUUCAGGGAGGGCAGCAUGUUUGUGGCGCUGGCAGCAUCCGUCUUCAGCCUGCUGGCCAUUGCCAUCGAACGCCAUCUCACCAUGCUGAAGAUGAAGCUGCACAACAACGGGAACACCUUCCGCGUCUUCCUGCUCAUCAGCACCGUGUGGAUGAUCGCGGCGGUGCUGGGUGGCUUGCCAGUGAUGGGCUGGAACUGCAUCCAGAGCAUGACGCAGUGCUCCACCGUCCUGCCACUGUACCACAAGACCUACAUUCUGUUCUGCACCACUGUCUUCAGCAUCAUCCUCAUGGCCAUUGUGGUGCUGUAUGCUCGCAUCUACGCGCUUGUGCGCACUCGCAGUCGCAAACUUGUCUUUCGUAAGGUGUCCAACGGCCGUGGCAGCGCCAGCACCAACAUCAAGAGCUCAGAGAAGUCGAUGGCGCUGCUGAAGACCGUCAUCAUCGUCCUGAGCUGCUUCAUUGCCUGCUGGGCGCCGCUCUUCAUCCUUUUGCUGCUGGAUGCAGCCUGCGAGACACUGAGCUGCCCGAUCCUCUACAAGGCUGAGUGGUUCCUGGCGCUCGCUGUCCUCAACUCCGCCAUGAACCCACUCAUCUACACGCUGACCAGCAAUGAGAUGCGUCGUGCGUUCCUCAAGACCCUGCUGUGCUGCACUGCCUGCAUCCGGCCGAACGCCAAGUUCACCGGGCCAAUCAUGGGGGCAGAGUUCAGCCGCAGCAAGUCGGAUAACUCCUCCCACCCCAACAAGGAGGAGGCAGAGUACUCACCGAGGGAGACGACAGCGGCGUCCUCGGGAAACGUCGCCUCGUCGUCCUAAAUGCUUUCCGGCAACUGAGUUGUAGAAUUGUCGAGAUGUAGUUUGUCUUUGUACAGGAAACAGGUGCAACUGAUGCCAGGUGGCGUCACCACGAACAAACCUGAAACUUCAGCUGAUCGAUACUCACAGCGCUUAUGGAGACUUUCAAGCUGGUUGAACUGGUACCAGUGAAUCCUCAGAUAGAGAAGGUCCAUACUUUGUAAGAAGCUCACACCUGUAACGUGUCAUCAAGUCAGUCAGAACGCAUCAGCACACCUGGAUGGUCAGCUGGUUUAACGGCUGGGACAUUCAACCCCCCCAACUCACCCGUUCAUGGGGAUCCUGGUG